AUGUCGUACCAAACGACUCUCGAGCAGCUGAAGCGGUAUCGGAAUGCGCAAAAAGAGGCUGAGUCAGCUGCGGCGCAAGAUUUUCCUCCACAAGUGCGUUUUUUUCUUUAUUUGGUAGAGACCGUUAAAUGUGUACUUAUGAUCUGUUACACGUUUAUGGAGAACUAGAAGCACUAUUUCCUUCAAGUUUUUAUCGAAUUUUUCAAAUUUUUCACGCUGUGAAGGCCAAAUUUCACCAUUUUAUCAUCCACAAUAAAUUCAAUUUUUAAAAAUUCGAUUGUCACUUUUAAACUCUGUUUCGUGUUCGAAUUAUAUAGUAUUUUUAAAAUUUGGUUCAUUGAGAUUUGUUUCUAGGAUGGAGUUAUCAUUAGAAAACUUUUUGCUUUUAUUUUUUACCUUUUAUUUUUAAAUUUUCCUUUGAGCAUUUUUUAUCUGAAUACUUUUUGAGCUGAAGAAGUUUUUAUUGAAAAUAAAAAAAUACAGAAAAGCUUCAUGUUUUGAAAUUUCUUAUUAUUUGAAUUAAAAAAAACAAUAAGUUCAUAGAAGAUCCUGAGGUCAUGAACGAAUUUCAAAUUUUUCGACAUUUCAAAUUUUUUUAAAUAUUUUUUUAGCAGCUUUCUAGAUUCGUAUUUAUUUUAUAAUUAUCAUUCUAAAUAAUUAAUAAUUUUCAUCAGAAAUUCAGCUUUCUGAGAUUAUUUUUUUGGUAAAAUUUAGAUAAAUUUCUUCCUUUUUUUCGUACUCUGAAACUGGAUGAAGUUAUGAUUUUUCUUAUCUGAAGCUUUUGACAAUCCAUGUUUUUGACCGUUUUUUAUAAUCAUUUCUUGAGUUAUAGUAGAAGUAAACUAUGUCGCGAAAAGUCCAGCCACCCAAAAAAUAGUUUUCUGGAUAAUCGAAGACAGAAAAUUGGCCGUUGAGCGCAUUUUCUUCUUCCCUAAAUCUUUUUUGGAGUCAUCUUGAAACUUUCAAGAAAUGCGUGGUCGUACCUAAAAUCAUACCCAACUUAAAAUCUCGGAAAAUCUAGCCGUUGAGUCGUCUAGAAACAUUUCCUCUCAUGUCAAAACUUCAAAGAAAAAAAAAGCGUGGGUUGAGACGUCUCACGAAAAGUUUCCAGAAGGCCGAAAACGAAGUGAAAGUCGAGUCGACGAACCGCCAACGGCCAAAAGCUCAGGGGAUUUGGCUGCGGCUCUUCAAUAUCGACUUGCUCGAUAAUUUCGCUUUCCGGGCCUGGCGUGAUGUCUACCAUCGGCAUCCCAAUCCCACAAUCAUCGGUUCUCUCGGCUUCUAUCUCGUCGCCCAGCUGUUCUUCGUCUGGUUCGUUCCGCGCCCCAACCUUAAUCUUGUUUCUAUUUUCGGGCAAGUAAAGAGCUCAAUUGGCCUAGAAGGAGGGCGUCGAUUACCAAAAAUUUACUAACAGAUACAAGAAAAAAAGUGUUUUUUUAAGUUUGGGGGAAGGGGGGUUGUUUAGGCAGCAAGCUAGGCUCAACCUUAGGGAAGUAUUUCUGACUUUAAGUAAAGAAGGGUUGAAAGAAGGAUAAAGCUUCUAUCCUUGUUUUUUUCUUCCAUAAAUGGGUUUUCAAUCCAAGAAAGGUUCUCAAGAAGUUAACUACAGAUUGAAAUAAGGAACAAGUUAGGAGCAAUCUUAAAGAGUUAUUUAAAAGGAACUUAAAGAAAAAAUAGGUGAACUGGACUUUGCUUGAACCGUCUUUCGAAAAUAGUUUUUGGAUUUAGCGGUUUUUUCAAUAUAUCCUUAACUUCGAAUCUGUUGAUUGGGGCUGUAAAUAUGACAACCAUUUCGAACGAAUUCGAAUAUUUGGAGGGAAUAGAUUCAGAACUUUUAGUAGAAGCAAGUUUAUUUGGUCUAGUCUCAUUUUACAUAGUUUUUGAAAUGUUAAUAUUCAACGUAUCAUGCUCAAAUCACAAUAUAUUCAAAAUAAAGAAGUAAUAAAAAGUUUUUCUCAACUAGAGUUUGAAGGUUUUUUUUUCAAAAAAAUUUCUAAGUCGAGCUGUAGAAAUCACUUUUUAGUAUCAUUUCUUAACUUGACGAAAUUUUCAAAAUCCUAUCCAGUUUUCAGGUUUUUGUGAAUCUCCCAGAUUAUAGUGUCUAGAACAACCAAGACAUUUCAGUAUUUCAUUUGAAACUUAUAGUUUUUUUUUGUACUUUCAACGCUCAAUUGGAAAUUUUGAAAUUCGGAAAAAUUGGUCCUUGAUCAAAUCUCUUCCAAGGUCUAAAAACAACUUGGAUCCUUGGUUCGCUUUGGGAAGCUUUUCCCUACCCAGAAUCUAAACAACUUUUUGUUCCAUUUUGUCUCUCUGAAAAACAAAACAACUCAAAGACCUCUUCAUUUGAAACUCGAUUAUUGUGAGAUUAGUUUUACUUGUCAUCCCUUUUCAGAGGUCUAGAAGAAUGUUUCACAAAUCGGGUUUCCUUUGAUUUGCAGAAGGAUCUCUUUCUUUUCCUCCCUUUUUUGACCCUCGACGCCAACUGAGAAAUCUUCCGCCCAUUCAGAGCCUGGGAAGAACGCCUUGAUGAGCUCCCAUCUUUUUUUUCCUUUUUUUCUCUUAGACUUCCUAAAAGAUUCUUUUCUUUCUUACAUUUCUCUUGAACUCUCAUCGUGAUUUGUUAUAGUUUAUAAGAAAUUUAAAGAAUUUCCAGCGGUUUUCGAGUUUCUCUAAUAGCCGAAAUAGUGGAGAGACCUUCUAGUUCAAUUUUCAAAAAUUCAAAAAAGGUAAACUCAGAAAUUCCUCUCUUGCUUUUUUGUGCUUUUCAAUGUGAGUGUGAGAAUUGAGAUGCUUCAGAAUGUUUCAAAAAUCAAAUAAACAAUUCCAAAUUUUUCACGGCCUAAGUUUUCAAAAAUUUGAUGUGUUUUUCUUUUUUUAAACAACAAAAAGAAAAUAAUUUGCAUUAUUUGUCUGUGAAAUUUGAGCCGUUUUUCCAUAUUUUCCUGGUUUUAUUUCUGGAAAAACCUCCAUGCCUAUUUUUUUCAGCAACUAUAUUUUAUUUUUUUAAAUGAUAUUUUUUUCAGCCUUUUUUUGAAAAAUUAAUUGCAUUUUUCUGAUUUUUUUCUCAAUUCUCAGUUUUUUUAGCAUUUUUUUAGUUUGAGACCUCAUCGAGCACUUUUUUUGCUUACAUUUCCUGCAAGCUUCUGUAAACACGGAAUUUGGAUUCGGGAAAUGCACUUUUAGAACGUUUCAUAAAUUUGAAGUCUUUUUUUCCCUUGUUACUACAAUUUUUCGAAAUUCUCGGUUCAUAUCGGCUUGAAAAAAAUUUUAUUUUCAUGAAAAUUUAUGGUGUGUUUUCGUGAAGCAACAUACAAUGCCAUAAAUCUUUCCGAGCUCUUUUUAGAACCCAAGUUUCUCGUUUGUCGUCUUUUCCAAGUCCCGAAACGUAUCAAUCUUGUAACAACUGUUCUUGAGAAAUGUUCGGGAUUGCUGCUUAUUUUCCUCCAUGAGCUCCGCGAAGUUAAUAGCCCUUUGAGACUCUGGCUUUUUUUUCGAGAAGAGUUUUUUUAUCGUUCAGUUUGAAAAUUGAAUUCAAAAAAAGUUAUAUAGAAAUCAAACCUCCUUAAGAGGCCACUUAUGGUCGGACGACCACUUAAAUUCUACCCCUCCAGGGAGCAUCAUUUUGUCUCUCAAAGUGGCUUUUUCCCCAACCCCCAAGUGACCGCUAUGGCGUUCCGAAGUCUGGAUUUUAGGACUAGGGAGUUUAUACUUCCCCCACAAGACAUCUUCAAUUAAAGCUGCUGAAGAGUAAUAAGAAGCGGUUUCGGGGGGGGUGGAAAUAGCCGGGAAGAGUUGCGAAACAAUGGAGCAAGACGACGGGAUUCCCCCAAUUAGCAUGCAUCGCGCUGCACGGACGACGCUUCUCUCCCCUACAACAUAACGUCCAAUUUGACAUUUAUUCGUCAUUCUUCUUCCCCCCAAAAUGCUCCCUUUUUCUUGCCUCUGACUGACUUCAAUUUUGGAGUGAAUCAUCCUUUUGGUUCAGUGUUUUUGGUAGCCUUUUAGGAUCUUUUUUUAAGGCUGGGGUAUUUUUUUUCCAACUUGAACUUGAAACUUGAUUGGCCCGUUGAAGGUUAUCUUCUAAACCAAGUUUCAGGGAAGCUGUUGUGUUUUAUUUGAACUGAGAGCUUAAAUUAGCAUUUUGUAUAAGUUUGAAAAACUAAUUGUUUUUAUAUCUUUCUGUGAGCUUGAAAGGUUUGGUCUCGGUAAUUUUGGUACAGGCCUUAGUGAACUCAAGUUCCUUACACAAAUUUUUCCGAUAUUUUAUUAGAGAUGAUAUUUUUCUACCGAUCCUCGGGGGCUUCAUUUGUCGCAAAAAUGAGCUUUUAAAGUUAUUUUUCAUCCAUUUGAAGUUAGAUCAUUCCGGGUCAAUCUACUGGAAUUUAUAUCGAAAAUCAACAAUUUCCCUCUUACAGGGCUCAAUUCGGCAUGGUUUUCUUCGUUUUGGCGGCCCUGACGGCGAUUUGCCUGAACCUGGGCCAGAGGGACCGCGACCAGCCCAGCGCCUACUCGGUCUUCAACGAAAACUGCGAACGAUUGCCCGGCCAAAUGACCGCCGAACACUUUGAACGCGACGUUCUCCAAAGGAGAGUCAAGUGA